GUUUCUGCCCGGCGCGCCUGCCGAGCGCCGAGUCACCGAUGGCGAUGGCUGCCGCGGGGCUCUGAGGAAUCUUGCAGGCCGGCAGUCUGGACCGGAGGUGGAGUGUAAGCUGCCGGCUGCCAGUCGGAAGCCGCAGGGAGUGAGGAAGGGUGUCACGCUGCUCGGAGCCGCCCCAGAGAGCGCGGCAGUGGCUGAGAUUCCUUCUGCUGAAGAGAGAAUCUCAUCCAAGGCCACAAUGUCACUUCCCAAUUAUCAGAGUGCUGCCUGCUCAAGCUAACACUGCCAGAAUCCUGCUGCCUUGGGAGGAAUCAAGCUGACUUGGCAUGAGGUUCCUGCCUUCUUGGGGUUGAGAGAAGCACAACUAUGGCAUCUCUUGAUGACCCAGGGGAAGUGAGGGAAGGCUUCCUGUGCCCUUUGUGCCUGAAAGACCUUCAGUCUUUCUAUCAACUCCAGUCACAUUAUGAGGAAGAACACUCAGAAGAUCGUGAUGUCAAAGGGCAAAUUAAAAAUCUUGUUCAGAAGGCUAGGAAAGCAAAGAACAAGUUGUUGAAACGAGAAGAUGAUCGAGUGGAACCAGGGACCCAAGGAUACGAAUCAUUCAGUUAUGGUGGGGUUGAUCCUUACAUGUGGGAACCCCAAGAGCUUGGUGCUAUGAGAAGCCAUCUUUCUGACUUUAAAAAACAUCGUGCUGCAAGAAUUGACCACUAUGUUGUUGAAGUCAAUAAAUUGAUAAUCAGGUUGGAAAAGCUUACUGCAUUUGACAGAACAAAUACUGAGACUUCAAAGAUUAGAGCAAUAGAAAAGUCCGUGGUGCCUUGGGUCAAUGACCAGGAUGUUCCUUUCUGUCCAGACUGUGGGAAUAAGUUCAGCAUCCGGAACCGCCGUCACCACUGCCGCCUCUGUGGAUCUAUCAUGUGCAAGAAGUGUAUGGAGCUCAUUGGCCUGCCCUUGGCAAAUAAGCUCACCAGUGCCAGCAAGGACUCCCUGAGCACUCACACGAGCCCCAGCCAGUCACCUAACAGUGUUCAUGGCUCCCGCCGGGGCAGCAUCAGUAGUAUGAGCAGUGUUAGCUCAGUCCUGGAUGAGAAGGAUGAUGACCGCAUCCGCUGCUGCACACACUGCAAGGACAAGCUGCUCAAGCGAGAGCAGCAGAUGGACGAGAAGGAGCACACGCCUGACAUCGUGAAGCUCUACGAGAAACUUCGACUUUGCAUGGAGAAGGUUGACCAGAAAGCUCCUGAAUACAUCAGGAUGGCUGCAUCCUUAAAUGCUGGGGAGACGACCUACAGUCUGGAGCAUGCCAAUGACCUUCGAGUGGAAGUGCAGAAAGUGUACGAGCUAAUAGAUGCUUUAAGUAAGAAGAUCCUAACGUUGGGUUUGAACCAAGACCCUUCACCACAUCCAAACACUUUGCGACUACAGAGAAUGAUCAGAUACUCAGCUACACUAUUUGUACAGGAAAAGUUACUGGGUUUGAUGUCACUGCCAACCAAAGAACAGUUUGAAGAACUGAAAAGGAAAAGGAAGCAGGACCUGGAGCAGAAGAGCGCCGUGGAGAGACAGGCUGCUCUGGAGUCCCGGCGGAAGCUUGAGGAAAGGCAGAGUGGUUUGGCAUCUCAUACAGCCAAUGGGGACGUGAGGUCUCUUCGAGGCAUCCCUGCCCCCUUGCGAAAGGCUGAAGGCUGGCUCCCACUGUCAGAAGGUCAGGGACAGAGUGAAGACCCUGACCCUCUCCUCCAGCAGAUCUACAACAUUACAUCCUUCAUCAGGCAGGCCAAGGCUGCAGGCCGCACAGAUGAGGUGCGCACACUUCAAGAGAACCUGCGGCAGCUGCAGGAUGAGUAUGACCAGCAGCAGACUGAGAAGGCCAUUGAGCUGUCCCGGAGGCAGGCCGAGGAGGAGGAGCUGCAGCGGGAGCAGCUACAGAUGCUCCGUAAGCGGGAGCUGGAGCGAGAACAAGAGCAGUUCCUGGCAGCAUCCCUGCAAACACGGACUCGUGUUCUAGAACUCCGAGAAGUUAUACCCUUCCAGUUGGAGCCCAGCCGAGGGCCUCACAUUGAUCUUUCUUAUUCCUUGGAUCAGGACCCUUCCCCAGUUCAGAGCAGCACAGCUCCUGAUGCCCCUUCACCUGGCUUAGCUCUAGCACCCAUUCACUUGUGGUCUCCAGCCCUUGGCCAGGAAUCACUCCCUCAGAGCACCAUGUCACAGCAAAACGUUAAGACCUCACUCAACCCAUUUGAUGAAGAAGACCUCUCCAGCCCUACCGAGGGUGCUGCCAGCCCUGCUGCUGUAGAGGCUUUCCUGGGCCCUUCAGCCACUGUCACCAAAGAAUACAAUCCUUUUGAGGAAGAUGCUGAGGAGGAGGAGGUGGCAGAGUUGGGGGCAGGGAAUCCCUUCACUGACCCAGAUAGUCCUGCACCCAACCCUUUUGAUGAGGAUGACCAUCCCAGGCCUGCCAGUCUAGCUGCUCCUGGAAACCCUUUUGAAGAGUGCCCCUGCACCAAUCCCUUCGAGGUAGACAGUGAUAGUGGCAUGGAGGCUGAGGAACAGAUUGAGGAGGAGCUGCUCCUGCAGCAAAUUGACAACAUCAAGGCUUACAUCUUUGAUGCCAAGCAAUGUGGUCGAAUGGAUGAGGUUGAGGUUCUGACGGAGAACCUCCGGGAGCUGAAGUGCACCCUGGCUAAGCAGAAGGGGGCCCCGAACUGACAGCAGUGGGCAGGAACUGGGUGGGAGGAGGAGAUUGGCAGGCAUCUGAACACACACACAGGUGGGGGUGGAAACAGUAGUCUCUUGCUGUGCACUUGAGACAUUUCCACUACAGUUGAACAAGAACAGGAAAAACAAUCGGCUUCCAUGUGCUGGUUUUUCUCUAUUUUUUUAAUGAAGUGUUCCCUUUUUAGGGGACUUUACCACUUUAUUUUCAAGAUACAGCUCUGUUGGGCCAAGGCAGAAAUGACUCCUGAGCACCUCUUAGUCCUUUUUCUGCUGACUAUUCUUGGUCAUUGUGCAGUAUUAUAGGGCAGCCCUUGACAGGUCCCUUCCUGUAGCCAAGAUGGGCAGGGCUCUAGCAGAAGUCUGUCCUAACUUGGUUGUUCCUUUUCAGCACAUCCCUGCUUGGACCAUAUCCGGGACCCUUAGGGAGAUACUGCUGUGAAGGGGAAGGUCUAGAUCCAGUGGGACCAAUGCCUCUCUUUAUGGAUGGCAGGGAUGCUGCCAGUGUUGACCCCCCCAGUUAAAGGAAGUAAAGUUCCCAAGUGUGAGGAUGGUGGGGUGGCUGGUGUCAGUGUGAUCUUGAUUAUGAGAUAGUGAUCAACUUUUUGGUGGGUGUUACGGUUUGGGAUAAGUUUCUACUUGUGCAGUUGUCUGAUUACCUGGAAACCUCCUUCCAGGACUUGGGUAGAACAACCACUCUGUAGGUCACAUUCAAGGGCCUGUUGAUUUGGAAUUCUGGCUGGGAAGCUCGUGUGGAGUAUUAGCAGGUGAUGGAACACUUCCUGAGUCAGGAGAUAAAUUCUAGUAACUUUCAAGACCCUCUAGUCAGCCUUCCUUGUGGUUUAUCCUGACCUGGGAAACUGGUAAGAUGUUAUUUUACUACUUUGAGUUGUUGAGAGACAGAAAUACUUGAGGCACAGCCUGAGAUCAUUCCACAGCCCUGAACUACUUGAACUCUGGAUAGAAGACAGAAAGGGAAGUUAUGUAGCUUAGUACUUUGGUUUACAAAAACAGUUCGAUUGACAGAUGGCCUUGUAAGAUCCUUGGUGUGCUUAGCUCUGGGUACUUUCUUCAGUGAUACUCUUUAGUUAAUGGACAAUAACUGUCCACUAGUUACUUUCCCUUCAGCUUACUCUGGGCCAUGCCUUUUGUUGGUUAGUGGAAUAUAAGCUGAAAUUCUUUUGUCACAUUCUAGUGAAGAUCCAUCUUGGUGGUAAGAAUGUUAUCUGGGUACAAAGAUCUCUAUAUUUUUGCAGCUUUAAUAUCAGUUCAUUAGUACAUGUGGGGGCUUUGGCUGGAUAGAGAGCCCUGUAUGGGGCUGUAGGAAGGGCUGGAGAGAGAGGUUAAGAACUCUUUUGGGUUCUGUUGACAGAUGUUUACUGACCUGCUAGUGGAUUAUCAGCCAUUUGCCACCUCUGUUGAAGGUAGGCAGCCUGGCAUUUUAUGUUACUUAGAGCAGCUUCCUCUCUUUCUAAAGCCCAGUCUCCAGGCAUGCCCAGUAUAUCCAUCCUGCUUGGUCUGCUUUGUCUGAUGGAAAAAGAGGCAGCCCUAACACAAGAAUGAAGCUGAAUUCUGGUUUCCACCAUUACUUUUUCUGACACAGAUCAGGUGUUCAAGGUGGUACAACUGUAGACAUUGCUUUUCUUGUAAGACUGGGUUUCUCUGUAUAGCUCUGGCUGUCCUGGAACUCACUCUGUAGACCAGGCUGGCCUUGAACUCAGAAAUCCACCUGCUUCUGCCUCCCAGGUGCUGGGAUCAAAGGUGUGUGCUACCACCGCACAGCCAAGACUGGGUUUCUUAAUUAGCUAGUGACUCAUUAAAUAUACUCCUUUUCGGAACUCACCCCAGGUAACAGUCUGAGAGCAUAGAGAAAACAAAUGCUUUUAAACAGCUAUUUUUUAAAUCCUGACUGACUGAAUUUUAAACCAAGUGAACUCAGAUCCCAGAGGUUUUACAGAAUUUCUCAUUGAAUUCCUCUUUGACCAUAUUCUGAAAUCAGAGACAUGACAAGAGAGAUUUCUACCUUUUGUCUAUAUUACUUCCCAGGAUUCCUGCAGGUCAAAGCUGGUUUGCAGAGGGGGGCUGGCCUGUGAGUGAACCACAAUGCCAGCUUCUUUUCUUUUCUUUUCUUUCUUUCUUUCUUUUUUUUUUUUGAUUUUUCGAGACAGGGUUUCUCUGUAUAGCCCUGGCUUUCCUGUAACUCACUCUGUAGACCAGGCUGGCCUCGAACUCAGAAAUCUGCCUGCCUCUGCCUCCCAAGUGCUGGGAUUAAAGGCAUGCGCCACCACUGCCCGGCCAGUGCCAGCUUCUUACCUUGGGUAAAUACUUCAUGAUUCCCGAGGUCCCAAGCUCCACCUCAUCAGUGAAGAAGCAUGUCCUUGAUAAGGUGGUGUUGGCAGAUCCUUUAGGUCCUGUCCAUAGUGGAAGAACUUCUUGCUUUAUUCCCUUCUAACACACUAAGGAACUGGAGCCUUACUCACUGCACUUACCACACAUCAUGUCUUUGUUGUCAGAGGUUAAAACAUCCUUCUAAGUCAUCAUGAGCCAUGUUGCGUAGCAAUGCCAUGCAGUUCAAAAUGUGGAAUUGGCCUCUGUACGAGGUCAAACUAGAGGAGCACGGUGUGCUAGUAAUCAUGAUGACUGUCAGCAAGAUGGUCAUUGAUGUGCAUGCACUACACUGGGGUCUUGUAUCAGAGGCUUUUAUUAAAAUAUAUCAUUUAUGUGAGGCUUUUAUUAAAAAAAAUAACAUGUUCA